GGAGGUACAUCGCACAUUCAACCCUCACAGUAUCCGUCACCGUAAGACACGAUGAAUCUAUCCAAUUCGCACGGUGAACAUUUUCCGGUGGCAUCCAUCAGAAGCUCGGGAAUUAUUUCGUACAGCAAGCAGAAGACCAAAGGUCAAGAGCGAUAUAAAAACCAGCCCAGCCCAGUCCAGCCACGAACCCGACAACCAUGGGCUCGAGCUCGUCUAAGCCGGAGGCGAGCCAAUCCUCACAUGUGUGGAAGGCAUCCUCGCCCAUAGGCGUCUCCAACGAAGUCGUCGAAUCCCUUCAGUCCAGCAGCGAGACAGACACCUCCCGCGCCCAAUCCCUCGAGCUCGCCGUGCAAGCGCGCGUAGCCUCCGAACUCCGAAAGCUCGAAGCGCAAGAAAGCGCGCUCCUGAAGGCGGCGCAGGAGAAGAUCGCCUCCGCCGUCCCGGACGCCAAGGACGAGGCGGCGGACCAGCAGCGCAGCCGGCAGGCCGUGUCGAAGGAGGUCGAGGCGCUGCGGGCCCGGCUCGACAAGCGGAAGCAGUUGCGGCCCGUGCCCGAGAGCGUGGAGCUGGCGCGCGGCGAGGUCGUCAAGUGCCUGAUGGAGCACGACCGGCGCCCGCUCGACUGCUGGAAGGAGGUCGAGGCCUUCAAGGAGGAGGUCCGGAGGCUGGAGAAGGGGUGGGUCGACAAGGUCGUUUCGUGAGCGUUAUUCGUUCUGGUGCCGAUACGAUGAUACCUAUAAUGCGGAAUAUCUGUGUUUACGACUGUCAAGAGGGGGGGAGAGAGGGGGGCCGGAUUACCUAGAGAAAAAAGGAGAGACGGGCUUCUAGAGAGUAGAUAACUCUGUUGUAACAAUACUCGACACUACACUACCUACGGCAUAGCAUUACAGGAGCGCUCGGGAUAAAGAGCUGUAUAGAUGAUGGAUGAACACCCAA